AAACUGGGCGACCUAUAUACUGACUUUUCCUGAUAAGGAGACGAAACCAUCGAGUUUCCCAGUUUUCAUAUUUGCAGUUGUCUAAAGGAAAGGACUUGUGGAGCACAAAAUGGCGACUGCUCAGUUCCUUGUAUUAUUGGUGAGCCUCCUGGUGGCGGGAAAUGAGUCUCUAGAGGUACCAAUGACUGGCGUCAAUGAUUGGGGAGGAAGGUUCGAGGGAAAAUUUGUCUUCACUGUUCCAGAGGAGGUAGCAGGAUGGGAGGCCAUUCUACACUUUGAUGAGCCGGUAACAGGAAUGACAGAAUGGAUGGGAGAUAUAAUUAAGACAGCCAAUGAUAACACAGAAUACAUACUGGUCAGUAAACCCCACACGGGGAUCCAGCACGUCGGUCAAACCUUGACAAUCACCGUGCAGGCUGCCUAUUCCGGAAGUGCCCCGCCAACCGGAAAGGGAACUCUUGUUAAUAUGGCGCAUGACGGUCAGACUGUACCCCCAGCUCCCACUGUUCCAGGCUCUAAAUACAACUAUGCUGAAGUUCUUGAAAAGUCUAUACUUUUUUACGAGGCUCAGAGGUCCGGCAAACUGCCUACCACCAACCGGAUACCAUGGAGAGGUGACUCGGCAUUGAGCGAUCACGGACUUAACGGGGAGGACCUCACGGGAGGCUGGUAUGACGCUGGCGACCAUGUAAAAUUCGGCCUUCCUAUGUCGGCCAGUGUUACAAUCUUAGCCUGGGGAUUUCUACAGUAUGCCGAUGCCUACGAAGCCGCCGGUCAGACAGAGUAUAUGUAUGACUGUAUCCGCUGGCCCCUCGAAUGGCUGGUCAAAGCUCAUACUGCCCCUAAUGAAUUAUACAUCCAGGUAGGAGAUGGGGGGCAGGAUCAUGGGUUCUGGGGCAGACCGGAAGACAUGAAAAUGGUCAGACCGGCAUUCAAGGUUGACGCCACUAAACCCGGAAGUGACGUUGCUGGCGAGUAUGCUGCUGCAAUGGCUGCCGGCUACCUUGUUUUUAAAGAUAAAGAUCCAACGUUCGCUGCUCAGCUACUGAGUAAUGCCGAAGAGAUUUACAAGUUUGCUGUGACGUACAAAGGUAUAUACAGUAACAGUGUCAAUGAGGCCGCCGCCUAUUACAGGUCAUCGGCUUAUGAAGACGAGCUUUGCUGGGGAGCAUUGUGGCUUUACAUGGCAACAAACAAGAGUUCGUACCUUACCGACGCUAAGACCUACUACCCGUCUGAGGCAGGGCCAGACUGGGGCCAGUCAUGGGACGACAAGGGCGCUGGCUGUCAGAUUCUAAUGUAUAACAUCACUGGAGAACAAAAAUACAAAGACAACAUUGAGGCGACGUUUACCGCUUGGUUGCCCGGCGGAUCUCUGCCUUACAGCCCCAAGGGUCUCGCCUUUCGCUCCCAGUGGGGUUCUCUCAGAUACGCUUCAAACAUGGCGUUCAUGGCUUUAUUAGCGGCCGACAACGGAAUCCGUACUAACGAAUACCGCGCAUGGGCAAAGUCUCAGAUCCACUACGCCCUCGGCGAUACCGGAAGGAGUUUUGUUGUUGGCUUUGGAGUCAACCCACCUACCCAACCACACCACAGAGGGAGCUCUUGUCCGAUGAUGCCAACACCUUGUUCAUGGGAAGCCCAACAACAUAAAGGACCAAACCCACACACCUUAUAUGGAGCCCUCGUUGGGGGUCCCGAUGGUAGCGACUCCUAUACCGAUAGCCGUGGCAACUACAUCAACAAUGAAGUCGCAUGCGAUUACAAUGCCGGCUUUCAGUCCGCCGUAGCAGGACUGAUGCAUCUUACUAUGGCUGAUGAACUACCGUAGUACCAAUCCUCACUAUUUUAUUAUCAGAAAAUAAAAAUCAUGUAAUGUUAA